AUGGUCUCCAAAGUUCUCUUUGUCGCUCUUUUCAUUGCUGUCUCCUCUGCUCCAGCUACUGACUCUACCCUAGCAACAUCACCACCAACAGUGGCGACAUCUGGUGCAACUAGUACCGCAGCGCCAACAACUGGGGGUGGAGUUUCUUCUACUGGUGCCGCAGCGGGAUCGACUGGAUCGCCUGCUCAGACAACUGCAGCGGCGGAGCCAUCAACAGGAGCUGGUUCCACCGCUCAACCUAACCCAACAGUUUCAAACGCAACCAGCACUUCUGCUCUCCCAACUGACAACUCAACUGUUUCAGUUGACGUUUCUACAACUACUGUUGCCACGACAACAAAGUCCACUCAUACAACCACUGUGAUGCUCUCAAUGAUUCCGAUCGCCAUCUCAAUGCUCAUCUAA